AAUUUACAAAUAUUAAUGCAGCUAAAUAAAUUUUCUUUACCGGGACUAAAGAUGAAAACAUUGAUGACUGAGGUAGCAGUAGGAUUCCCACUCCAACUGACAUAAUUCGAGAGCAUAUAUAGAUAUAUAUAAAUAACGUUAUUUUAUUAUUAUUUCUCUUUGUCCUGCUUUCAGGCACUGGAACGUCAUCGUCUCUUGGUUUUCAACUCUUGGACAUCACCAUCCAUCCAUCCUUCCUCACUGACACAAUCCACUGAAACUCAAACUGCCCCUUCACUUUCUCUCACUAAAAUUCCCAUGUCGACCACCAAGCUUCUACUAUUCCUCUUCUUUUUCUUCAAUGCCGCAACCGCCGCGGACCUGCUUCCCGGCGUGUGGGAGCUUCUCGUCCCAGACGCCGGCAUAGCUUCCAUGCACACGGCAGUAACACGUUUCAACACCGUCGUCCUUCUCGACCGGACCCACAUAGGCCCAUCAAGGAAACUCCUACCCAAAGAUCGCUGCCUUGUCAAUCCGGCUAACCCGCACCGGAAAGACUGCACUGCCCACUCAGUUCUCCUCGAUUUGCAAACCAACAACAUCCGCCCAUUAACUAUUUUAACCGACACGUGGUGCUCCUCCGGCCAGUUUCUCCCCGACGGCAGCCUCAUUCAAACCGGCGGCGAUUUGGAUGGGUUCAAGAAAAUCAGGAAGUUCACCCCCUGUGAACCGGGCUCAUUCUGUGAUUGGGAAGAACUGCAGGAUCUUGAGCUGUACCAGGGAAGAUGGUAUGCUACUAACCAAAUUCUACCUGAUGGUUCAAUAAUUAUAAUCGGUGGAAAAUCAGCUAAUAGCGUGGAAUUCUUCCCACCGAGAAAGGAAAUUGGCGCCGCGAAUUUCCCCUUUUUGAGUGAAGUAGAAGAUAAUCAAAUGGAUAAUCUUUAUCCGUAUGUUCAUUUACUCCCCAAUGGCGAACUCUUCAUUUUUGCUAACAAUAAAGCUGUAUUAUAUGAUUAUAAUACAAAUAGUGUGACAAAAACUUAUCCUAUACUUGAGGGCGGCCCGAGAAAUUACCCCUCUGCCGGUUCAUCUGUCAUGCUUGCGUUAACAGGAGAUUACUCAUCGGCUACGGUCGUCGUCUGCGGCGGAGCAGAGUAUGGGGCGUAUCUGCAGAGGAUGACGGAUAGUCCGGCUCAUGGUAGUUGCGGGCGGAUUGAGGCGACCCGACCCGACCCCGUAUGGGAAAUGGAAGAUAUGCCGUUUGGGAGGAUCAUGGGUGAUAUGCUAAUGUUGCCCACUGGUGAUGUGCUGAUCAUUAAUGGAGCUCAAGCUGGGACCCAGGGUUUCGAAUUGGCUUCAGUGCCGUGCUUGUAUCCGGUACUGUAUAGACCGGAUCAACCUUUAGGACUCCGAUUCAUGACCCUAAAUGCCGGAACGGUUCCCCGGAUGUAUCAUUCGACGGCGAAUUUGCUGCCGGACGGGAGGAUUUUGAUCGCCGGGAGCAAUCCCCAUUACUUUUACAAGUUUAAUGCUGAGUUUCCGACGGAAUUGAGGAUCGAAGCGUUUUCGCCGGAGUACCUGUCGGCGGAUAAAGCGAAUAUUAGGCCGAGUUUGGUUGAAUUGCCGGAAAGGGUGGGAUAUGGGGAGGUGUUCGAGGCGGGAGUGACGGUGGAGCUGCCGGUGGUGGGGAUAGUGGAGGUUAAUUUCGCGAGUGCGCCGUUCGCCACGCACUCGUUUUCGCAAGGGCAGAGAGUGGUGAAGCUGUUGGUGGAAACCCCGGCGGUGGAGGGUGGGGGGAGGUAUAGAAUAAAGUGUACGGCUCCACCGAACGGGAAGGUGGCGCCACCAGGGUACUAUAUGGUGUUUGCGGUGAACCAAGGUGUGCCGAGUGUGGCUAAGUGGGUCCAAUUGGUGGCUUGAUCCAUCCUUUUCAACUUUCCUUUUUUUUUUGGAAAUAUGAUUAUAGGUGUCGGUGAAUUCAGUAAUUUCAUAAUUUUGAUUUCUUGAAUGAAUUUUUGAAACAACAAAUUUAUUGAA